UAAACAAACAAGUCAUGUCAUUCAGCAGCAAUGUGUCAACGAGUUUCGACUUGAAGCCGAUGAUAGACAUAAACCCAGAUGAGGCAAAGACUGCUUUGAAUAUAAACACAGUGGAAGUAGAAGUAUCAGACAUCAAGCGCUCCAUGUCUAGCCCACCGCCGCCUUCAAGUGCCCGUGAGAUAGAGACAAAGCACAGAGACAGCCAUAUCCAUGCUGCCACCUUCUCCACCUCACCACACAGUCAGGGGGGGAUCUUGAAGCCACCCAAGAGGGAGAGAUCUACCUUUCCAGGUGGGCAUGGUCAGGAUGUGGAUACGGGGCGAUCCCCUCGACAAUAUCAGGAGUACAUCCCGGAGGGAGGCAUGUACGUGCUCUACGAGAACGAUGAUGACGACAGCAGGACCAGAGGUGGUUCGUCCCGAGGGUCGGCUGUGAUCUCCCCCGAGGAUGACUCGUUGCUGACUGACAGGCGACCCUCUUCCCACAGGAGGACACAGGACACCAAUAACACCUACAUAGGGGAGAUUGAUGGCCGCUUUAGUUUCAGUCAGGGUGAAGACUAUGUCAGAGUGGAGAUCAAUACUGAUGGCUCCUCAACAUCACAUGAGCUGCUCGAGUGUAAGAGGACAGUCCUAAAACCAUACCUCAUCUUUCUGAAAAUGAUUGGUUGGCGUAGGUUACGAGAGGCGGCCCUGGACCUGGCCAGGAAUAAACUGAGUCUGGCCUUCAAUGUGACCUACCCCCUCUUCAUUUUCCUCGUGCUCCUGGCCACCAUCAUCACACAGAACUUCACCUGCUACUAUAGAACACAGACGGCCUAUUUUGCUUUGAACGAGACUCAGCUGCUGGUCAACUGCACGGACCACCUAGUGGUAGAUGAGGUAAUCCCUGGACUCCUCAUCCUCACUGCCUUCCUCUAUGGUGUGUACAUUUUUCGUUAUGGGGAGCCCGAACACCUAGCUGCACUGAUUGAGACUGUGUUCCUUAGUCACAGCCAGGUCAACGUAAGCAAGAAGGGCAUCAUUAGAGUGCUGAGGUACUUCCUUGUGUCUGGUGUGCUCUGGAUCAUACUGGACAUCAGUUUGAACAUCUUACGACUCCUUAGUCUGCAGCUGUUGGAUGACAACACUUUCAUACAGGCGCUGCUUAUACCCAUGAACAGACCUCUCAACAGCACAUCGCUUCAUAGUGUCCCAGAGAACAUUAUUCGCUACGUGUGCGUACUCUUCUCUCUAGUGGGGUUUGUGUUCUUUGACCUGCUCUAUUUCGCCGUGGUGGUGACGUACGUGUCCGAGAGUCAGCUCAUACAAUACUACAUUUCGAGCAUCAUGGAGAAAGUGAGGGCUAAGACCUACAGCUUGGAGGAUGCUAUCAAGGAUAUUCGACAGACGUACAAGUACCUCGAAGUGAUCAACAGCAAGCUGGCUACACUAACCACUCUCAUGAUGUUCAUCUUCAUCGGCAACUUCUUAUCAUCUAUCUACAACCUGGCCCAGUACCCAGUGAUGGACUCUAACUCUAGAACACCCAUCUUCUACCUAGGUGUGGUGGUUGGCAUUGGCAACAUCCUCCAGUGGAGCCUGCUGUCUGCUGCCCCAAUUAUACAAGCUGCCAGACUCACCGCCCGUUGUAGACAGCUGCGACGGCUAGGGCUGGAGAUCGCCAGUCGACCAUUUGUGUAUGCAGGGACCCCCCAGCUGGACCUGGACUUUUUUCUACAGUACACAAAUGCCACAAGAUACACUGCUAAAUUGGCGAGUGUACCUAUCUACCCUUCGUUUGUGGUCGGGUUCCUCUUCAUAGGCACAAUCGUCGGCUCUUUUAUCAUCUCAGUGAACAAUCAUUUCGUAUUUGCAAACUGGUUCUAAGACUCUUAACACUUCUAUACAUGUAUACCUAAAAACUUUAUAUCCCCAACUUUUUUAGACCCAGUUUUAAAGCACAGACUCUUUUUAUGUACUUUUUCUUUUGUGCAAAAUGUGUGAGUGAAUAUACAUGUAUGACGGUUGAACAAACAUGACUAAGAAGA